GCGGGAAAUUGGAAAACGUCAACAAACCUUUGGUUCAGUAGAAGAGGAAUAACAUUUCCGUCAACAUUUGCUCCACGCCGAAGAUUUGCCAAAAUGCUUAACAAGGCACCAAAAUUGAAAUAUACUAUUAAGACGAAAGCGAAGAGUAACAUUAAUAUGGGACCGGCGUCAGAGGCGAUGAUUGAACUGCUGACAUUGUUGUUCCUGAACAGCCUGGCAGAGGAGGCGAAAGCCAAAGCUUUCGAAGAAAAAUCUGCAACGAUCAGAGCUCAGCAUUUGAGAGCAGUCUCCAAGAAAGUGCUGAAAAAAGCAAGAGGAUGAAGACUGAGCGCAUCAUUGUUGAUUUUAUGAACAUUUUUUUGAAUGACAGCAGCAAUAUGUUUGUUUUUUAAUGAUAUAUAUAUUUGUUUUCUUAUGAAAUUUACUUUUCUGUGUUCGUUAUUCUUUUCCUUGUGCAAGCAAGUACUGUUUUUAUAUGACUGCCAUACAUUUUUUUUGUUUA